AUGAAGGUUGAACAUCCCAUAGCAUCGAGUGUCUCGGGCUGGAUGAUGGGGCUGGCCUGGGACAGCUUGUGGCACGCUUUCAUCUCGCCGCAGCAGGACCGGGACAACUUCUAUCGCGAGAUUAUGGACAAAUUGGAGAUCGACCUCGAUGGUGACAUACCACCUGAAAACCCUGAAACAAGGAAGCACGCCCGAUACAACCAUCACCAGUUUGGCAAAUCGUCUUAUCCGUGGAAAUACCGCGUCGACUUUAUUAAGGAAUUCCGUGACUUCUCAAAGGUCCGCCUCGUCGCCCAUAAGAAUGAAGGCGUGACAGCUGUCUCGUGGGACCGCGAGGGGGGUGGACGCGAAUUCCGCAUUAAGCAUUUCAAGUGGAUGGAAACCGAAUUCCUCAUGCCUGUUGGAGAUCCGAAUCUGAAACCGUGCUUCGUGACCCGUGAAAUGAUCCAUACCACGCUCAUUCGCCUGGUCCAAGAGCCCCAUACGGCGUGGCAAUCGCUUCAGGAGCUCCACAAUCUCCUGGUCGAGACGCCGACCAAGUACCAUUGGAGAAAGGAGUGGAAGGACGUCGCGAACUGCGCAGUAAAGUUGGCCACCAUCUUCCGGACCCAGUAUCGCAACGCUUUGCGGUUUGCCGUCGCGGCUCAAGAGUUAGCUGAUUACGAGGGCAUGAUCGAGGCGGUUGAGACGGACGACAACCAGCGCAAGAAGGGUAGCAUCGCGAGCAAGGGCAUCAAGGCUGCAGGCGCAGGUGCGAAGGCGAAUGCGAGAUUGGGGCUUGGGGUCAAGGAUAAGGGUAUGAAUGCAACAAAGGCACAGGGCAGCAGUAAAGGCAUCCGCACGUCCAAAAAAAAGGCUCCAGAGGGCGCAGAACCGGUUUCUCGCCUCAUCACAACCGAGGACCCGUUUCCGUCAAAGAUUCUCUCGCCUUGUGAGAACGCGUUACCGCUUGCCAACCCGAUUAUGGAUAUGAUCACACCCAAGGCCGUUCCUAAAGCCAACAAGCCUCCACUCAACUUUCCGGCCUCCUGCACCCUUGUCCCUUCGGACAAGGCGAUCAGGCGUGCCAUUCCAUCCGCAAAGUUCUUGGAUCUGCCGCUGGAGAUUCUUGAACGCAUUCAUAUGUACUCGGAGAGCGAGGCCUUGCCCAUCGUCAACAAGCACCUGAAAUCUCGAUUCUCCAGUGUCCAUUAUAAGGCGCACUGGGUACUGUACACACGAGGCCCCACCAAAAGCCAUCUGUGCAAUACGAGCACUAAGAGUGGAGUGACGCGGCUCGACUCCAUCCUUACCCGACGCCUCUGCAACAAAGAGGUGCUCUUGCGGGUGCUUGAGAUCUGGGAGAAGCGGCUGCGUCAAUUCGACCGCGAAGAUCGAGAGAGGCAGCUCAAGCUAUGGGAGCGCCAGCAGGAGCAGCGUCGAUGGAGCGGCCACGAGCCUGAGGUGACUCCUCCCCAACCAGACCCUCCCCGUCCCUCGCCAUUAGCAACCAGGAUCCCUCGUCGCCUCCUUCGCACGCGACCCGGGGCAAAGCCCGGGAUCGACCCGUACGUUCGCUUCCUGGUGCACAAGUUCAAUAUUCCGCCCGACGCAGACGGCUGUUAUCCUCUCAUACGUGGUGCAGCGGACCGCAAUUACGAGCUUGUUGAGUGGCUGCUCCGGCGCGGCACAUCUGUGACGAAGAACGAUAACCUCGCGCUGAAAGCUGCGAUCAUGAACCAGGAUCUCAAGAUGCUCCGACUCCUGAUCGAGCCUGAGGGAUACAGGUAUAACAAGGAGAAGCAGGCGCAUAUUACCAAGCACAGUGAUCCGGUCCCGCUGCCGGACCGGACGCAGUGCCGACGCGAGUGGGUCGACCUCGCGCUCCAGUAUAAGGCCUAUGACAUUGUCCACUGGCUCGUUGACGAAAAGGGUCUCACGCCGUCCUUAAAUCGGAUCAUGAACCUCGAGUCAGCGGGGUACAAAUGCUCGGAGCUAGAGCGCCUCCAGGAGAUGGCGCCGCAGCCGAAGAAGCAAGGCCAAGAGAAGAAGAACAAGAAGAGGAAGUUUAAGGAGAUUACUGUCCUCGAGUGA